UGAAAGAAGAAAAAUAUAUGGGUUGGAUUGAGUUGGGGGGGGAGAGAAAGAGAGAUUAUGUAACAAAAUCUGUGGGAUCUUCCUUUCCAAACUGUCAAAAUUUUCCUCGCUUUCAUGUUUUGGCUGUUGAUGACAGCCUUGUUGACAGGAAGCUCAUUGAAAGGCUCCUCAAAACUUCCUCCUUCAAUGUUACUGUUGUGGAUUCUGGAAGCAAAGCUUUAGAGCUUCUGGGUUUGGUUAGAGAAAGAAAUGGAACCAACCACAGUUCUCCUAUUUCCCCUGAAGAUCAUCGUCAACAUCAUCAAGAGAUUGAAGUUAAUCUCAUCAUUACAGAUUAUUGUAUGCCAGAGAUGACAGGCUUUGAUCUUCUCAGAAAGAUCAAGGAAUCUGACUCACUUAAAGACAUUCCUGUUGUGAUUAUGUCCUCUGAGAAUGUUCCAUCAAGAAUCAACAGAUGUUUGGAAGAAGGAGCUGAGGAGUUUUUGCUUAAACCAGUGAAAUUAUCUGAUGUGAACAAGCUUAAGCCUUUUAUAUGUAGAGGAAUAAAAGCCAAAGAAAUGGAUUUCAACCAUCUCAAGAGAAAGGAAAUGGAAAUCAUAUGAAAGAAGAAGAAGAAGAACAUCACAAAUGAUUUUUUCUCUACUUUUGGGAAUUAGUGACCACUAUUACUAGAUUUUCUAGCGUUAAAUAACCAAUCAUUAUUAUGUACUUUUCUAAUGUUACAAGAGCCAUAGUUAUUUUGAAUUUUGUCUACAUGUACAAAGUUGAUUAAAAUUCAGAUUUUUAGACUUACAUGUCUAAUUUAUUUUGUAGUUUAAUUUACACAUGUGAACUCAUGAUUUGAUCUCUUCCAAAGAAACAAAAAUAAAGGCAAUAUACGUACAACUUUAAUUAUUUUUCUUUUA